CGCGAUCAAUACUCACAAUUGCAUCCUCUCAAUGUCAUUCGACCGUGUAAUCCAAGACUCCGAUGAUGAGGAUGACCCUUUGUUGGAGGAUCGCCCGCCUCGCGCCCAUCCUCCGCCCGUCAUCCACGAAAGCGACAACCGCGCCAGCUACAGGGACACAUCGAACGACCCGCUGAACGACGACAGCAGUCGCCAGCUCACAGUCAAUUUCGAUCAGUUCCUAGGCUCUCAAGAUGGCGGACAAGCGGGUCCAACGUCUUCGCAACAGCGGCGGGAAGAACGAUGGAUCCCAGGCAAUGCGGGGGGUGGAUCAAUUGGGACCAUGAUGAAUGAAAUCGGACUUGCGCAGCAGCGAUUAUUCGAUGACGAGGAUGCUCAGCACGGAGCGGCGCGAUUAAGCCUACCAGAGGGAUAUGGCUCGAACGAAUUCGACACUACGAAUGAAUACGACGAUGGAUAUAUUGCGCCUCAGCAACCUGAGAUCCACAUUCAAUCGAACACACCAUCAGGCUCAUACGUCUCUCUCCCACCCCCAUAUGGACCGCACCACGACUACACGGACACAUAUCACCAGCCCGCGCCAGCCCCAAUAAACCAUAGCAUUGGUUUCCCAAGUUACGAGCACACCCAAUCCGCAACAUCCUACAACCUCUUCGAAUCAUCCCUCCGACCAUCGGAAAGCACAUACUCCGAAAACAACACGACUUUGAAAUCCCACCAAACCAUACCCACAGAGGCCAUACAGAGAAGCCCUCGACGGUGGAAUUCCACAGAAGGCACAAUAUCUUCGCCGCACGACACCGAACCAAACUCGUCCAUUCUCGCCGCUAAGUCAAGCAGAUCUAAAAGUGAUAUCAAUUCUCCCUCAAACAAAGCACCCCAGCCUCCGACAAGUGUAGACGAGCUUUCCCUCCCAGUUGACACCGAGGCUCCUGCGACGGGGAAAAAGCGAGGCCGACCGAAGAAGCAAAGCCUACCGGACGUCGACGGGGAUGACGAGCCUGCCCAAUUGACUGAACACCAGGCCGUCGAACAACCGCCCGUGCCUGAGAAGCGCAAGCCAGGUCGACCGCCGAAGAGCGCAAAGAACCUCGAAGCAAACGGCAGUACUGCAAACGCUGGGAAUCGACCAGACGAUAUACCCUCUCUAGCAGAAGAGCCAAAGACGAAUGAAGCCCCGGACCAAGUAGCCGACACAUUCCAGUUCCAAGCCCUUCACCCCAACGACGUCGAACCCAAGCCCGCAGAACCCCCAAAGACCAAGAAAGCCAGCAAAGAACCCCCCAAGAAGAAGCUCAAACGCGGCAAAACUACGUCCGUCACACUCCAGAAAACGUACGAAUCUGACGUCGAAGACGAUGUGAUCUGGGUUGAAUCACGGCCGUCGAAUACAGACGCCGACGCCAACCCGGCGCCGUUCUCAAUCAAUAUCGAAACACCCGCCGAAAGCAACCAACCCGCCACAAACCCCGACCAAGCCCCAGCCCCAGCUCCAGAUACAACUACAACUCCGGCUACGACAGAUCCAGCGCCUAAGAAACGAGGCCGCAAGAGAAAGAAGACCUCCGAACAAGCACCGGCCGCAGAACCUACCGAACAAUCCCAAACCACCACCUCCAUCAACCCAAAUACCCUUGAUACCCAUACCCACGCCCAACCCGAAGACCACCACACAUCUGAACCAGCUGAACCUCAACCCAACCCACCUCUCGACCACGAACCUGAAAACCAACAGCCACCCCCAGAUCCAAAGCCGCCAAUGACACCUCAAAAACCCGACCCCAAAACACCCAACAAUGCCUCCACAUCCAGCAAUACCGACAAAGUCCAAUCAAAAGGACCAGACAAGCACAGUCCCAUCUCGUCGACCAGCAAGGUGCCGUAUCGGGUGGGACUGAGUCGGAGGGCGAGGAUCGCGCCGUUGUUGAAGAUUGUGAAGCGGUGAUAUGAUGGUAAUAAAGAUACCCGUGCUGUUUUGUUUUUAUUUGCUCUAAGGGAGGGGGAUAUUCAUUCUUUCUAUCUGUUUCUAUAACUAUGGCUACUGACCUGGCAUGGAUUAGUUUUAUUGUUCGUUCUGUGGGUGUGCUCUCCAGCUAUUAUCGGAUUGAAUUGAUGCCUAUUACAUCCUGUAUAUUUAUCACAAUGUCGUGCAACAUAGCGACGAAGGCAAUGGAAAUGCG